UAAGGCCCGGAAAUCCCAGUUGGCCCAGUGGGAGUGGGGCUGUGGUGCUGGGCGAGAUGCGGGGCAAGGAUGAUGAGUACGAUUAUCUCUUCAAAGUUGUGCUCAUAGGGGACUCUGGGGUGGGGAAGAGCAACCUGCUCUCGCGCUUCACCCGCAAUGAGUUCAACCUGGAGAGCAAGAGUACCAUCGGGGUGGAGUUUGCCACGAGGAGCAUCCAGGUGGACAACAAGACAGUGAAGGCUCAGAUCUGGGACACGGCGGGGCAGGAGCGGUACCGUGCCAUCACCUCAGCGUACUACCGGGGGGCCGUGGGAGCUCUGCUCGUCUAUGACAUCGCCAAGUACCUGACGUACGAGAACGCGGAGCGCUGGCUGAAGGAGCUGCAGGACCACGCUGAUGCCAACAUUGUCAUCAUGCUGGUGGGCAACAAGAGCGACCUGCGGCACCUGCGGGCUGUGCCCACCGAUGAGGCCAGGGGCUUCGCAGAGAAGAAUGGGCUGUCCUUCCUUGAGACAUCUGCUCUGGACUCCACCAAUGUGGAGACUGCUUUCCACAACAUCCUCUCGGAGAUCUACCGCAUCGUGUCCCAGAGGCAGAUCACUGGGCAGCCGGAGUCAGAGUUCGGCCCCUCCACCACCAUCGAGCCCAUCCGGGUGCUGCCCACGCAGCAGGAGGGUCGGCAAGCGCCCUGCUGCCAGAACAUCUGAGCCCCCCACCUUGACCCCCCCACCACCCAGCACAUGGUGGCAUCAUAUGUCUCACCCUCUACCUCUGCCCGCUGCAGCUCCCUGAGCAGUGCAGGCUGGUGGCUGCUUUUGUGUGCACCAUCACACUGCCCAUAUGCUGCUUCGCCUGUGUUUAUGUAGGACCAGCAAAAACGGGGGGGAGGCAAAGCAUCAGGGUGUCUCCCCUCUCUCCCCAAGGUCGGGGACAUGCCAUCCCCUGUGUCCCUGCUCCCUUUAGCCCUGCAGGCACAGUCACUGGGUGACUGGGUGGCACUGAACAAGCCCGAACAUGGUGAGUCCCUGUUUGGUGACGCCCUGUGUGCAGCCCCGUGGGGUGGGUGGGGAGGGGGACACUGGGUGCAGCCUUCUCCUGCCUGGCGAAACCAGCAGUGAUGCAGAUGGUUGUGCCCAGCCCUGUCCCUGCGGCACCAAGAGCUGGGAGUGCCUCUGGGUGCUGCUGGGGCCAUCCAGGGUGGGGGUGGGGGUGACACUGUUUUUGUGUUGUGACCCCCCCCGCAGCAUGACCCCAGCAAAAAGAAAAGCUGUGAUUCUUCCAUGGAAAGAGAUGGAGCAGGGGCUGGGGGGCCUUGGCCUUUGGGAAGCCCCAAGGAGGGGAAAAGGGGGGACCGGGGAUUUGGGGGGCUGAGGGUGAGGGCAGGGAUGAGGUGCUGAGGGUGGGCACAUGGUCCCUCUGCGCAGCUUCCCGUGUGGGAGCCGGUGUCAGCACUGGGGACCCCUCGGCUCCAGCUGUGAGGACCCCCUGGCAUGGCUUGGCCCUUCCCUGCUCGAGUGUUUGGCCAUCGUGGCUGGUGGCUGCAUGGCCCAGCCUGGGGACAGGCCACCACUGCAUGGAGUGUCUGCCGCAUCGGUGGGAUGGCAGUGGCCUUGUCCCCUGCCUGGGGGACAGCAGCCACUCCCCAGGGUGGACAUCACCCAGGAUGCUGGGACAGACUGUGCUGAGCCCAGUGCUGCUGGCAGGGGUGAUUGGCAGGUGUCAAUUAAGAGGGGUGCAGGUGGGAAAGCCUUCCCCAUUGACCCAGUGCUGGGAGCGUGGCCCCUGUCGCAGUGUGGGGUUUUGGGGGAAUCUCUUUCUUUUCACAGCUGCCUGCAGUCACUGCAUCUCACUCGGCUGUGCCAGUAGGAUCUGGGCCAGGGUCUCCCCUUGGGGCACAAUUUGUUGAUGAAACAGAAUUUGAGGCAAAAUCCCCAAAUAAAACUGCUGUUGAGGCA